CAUAAAUCUGCGCCCAUCUUCCCUAUCACAAAUUCCCUCUUCAAUCUCAAUAAUUUCGGUCUGAUCUGUCCAUGAAAAUGGUGUCCAAGCUUGGCACCUGGUUGGUACCUGUCUUUGUGAUUCUGUUGGUGGGGAUGUCCACCGCAUCUGAAAUCACCGCUGAAGAAGAAGAGCUUUCUUCCAUGGUGGAGCGCCACGAACAAUGGAUGGUGCGCCAUAAUCGUUCGUACGCCGACGAAGCCGAGAAGGCCAAGCGAUUCCUUGUGUUCAAGAAGAACGCGGAGUUUGUCGACUCUUUCAACAAAGGCGAUCAUUCUUACACACUGGGUCUCAAUGACUUCUCCGAUUUGACCGACGAUGAGUUCACCAGUUCAAUGAUGGGUAACGAACUUACAGAUCUCAGUAGUGAUUAAUCAGUGAUUCGAUUUCUUGGAUCUGGGUUUUACUUCACUUUUUGACUUUUUGAUGUAAUUAUCGUGAUUAGACAAGUGUUUUUCAUUUACUACUCCGAAAUUCCGGAUGAAGAAAUACAGUUCUCAUUCUGUAAUUAGCUAAUUACGGAGUAGCUAAUUUGGUACUCCGUAUCUGGUAAACCGCGGUGCCCUCCCUCUUUAAUUAUAGUAUGAUGAUAGAUAGUAUGAACGUAUAUUUUCUCUGCAAUUUGGUACCAUUUCUAUGGAUAUGAUACAAUUUGCAGCAAUUCUACAUGUCUUUUCAUAGUAUUAAGGCCCCGUUUGGAUGAGCAAUCCGCCGAUUGUUUUGAACUGCAAACCGCUGCAAUUUGCAGCGGGUAGGCAAGAAUCCGCCGAAAAACAAACGCAGCCUAAGUUUGGAAGGCCUCUUAGCAUUUCUUUUCCGCAUGGACGAAUGGAAAUCAAGACGACUUAUGUUUGGCACUAUGAGUUCAAAGUGGGGGCUAAUGUAUGAAAUUUAGGCUUCUCUUUGAAUUAUGAAUUAUUGUAUGGGGAUUGAAAUUUGAAGUGUUUGAAACUAAACUGCUAGCGGAAUGAAAUGGAUUUGGUAAAAAAGUUGAAAGAAUGACUGAAUA